AUGGGUCCAGAAGCUUGUGACUCAAGGAUCAAUAGGGAUCAGGAUCCAGAUGGAACCUGCAAACCUGUGACCAACUCCCGUGUACCAGGGCCUCAUAUCCCCUCCUUCCUACUCCUUCUUAUGCUGCUGGCUGCACCUGAGACUUGUGCAAGUGGCUACCAGACAUGCCCCAAGGUGCAGCCAAACAUACUCAACGUGCACUUGGUGGCCCACACACACAAUGACGUGGGCUGGCUCAAGACAGUGGACGAGUAUCUGUACGAGUCGGAGACCUCUCCUGAGUGUGUGUUCCACAUCCUGAACUCAGUGGUGAAAGCUCUACAGGCCCAGCCCACGCGCCGCUUCAUCUAUGUGGAGAUGGCUUUCUUCUCCCGCUGGUGGCAGCAGCAGACAAAGAAAAUGCAGAAGGUGGUUCAGGACCUGGUGCACCAGGGGCGUCUGGAAUUUGCCAACGGUGGUUGGGUGAUGAACGAUGAGGCGACCACACACUAUGGUGCUAUUGUGGAUCAGAUGACACUUGGGCUUCGCUUUCUGAAUGACACAUUCGGCGAGGAUGGACGCCCUCAUGUGGCCUGGCACAUAGAUCCCUUUGGCCACUCUCGAGAGCAGGCUUCACUCUUUGCCCAGAUGGGCUUCGAUGGCAUCUUCUUAGGACGUAUAGACUACCAGGAUAAGACAAUGCGAGAGAACAUACGUGAAAUGGAGCUGGUAUGGAAGGGCAGUUCAAGCCUCCAGCCCCCGACUGCUGACCUCUUCACCAUUGUUCUCCCCAACAACUACAACCCACCACCUGGAUUAUGCUGGGAUAGCAUACAGUGUGAUGACCUACCCGUGGUAAAGAAACCUCACAGACCUAUUCACAAUGCCAACAAACUGGUGAAAUACUUCCUGGAAGUGGCUGCUAAUCAGGCCCACCACUACAACAGCAACCACAUCAUAAUGACAAUGGGUUCAGACUUCCAUUAUAAGCAAGCUGAAAGUUGGUUCAAGAACCUUGACAAGCUCAUCCAAUUGGUCAAUGCACAGCAACAGGUCAACAAGAGCCAAGUGCAUGUUCUCUACUCCACCCCUGCCUGUUACCUCCAGGAAGUGAACAAGGCCAACCUCACCUGGUCGGUGAAACAGGAUGACUUCUUCCCUUAUGCUGAUUUCCCCAACCAGUUCUGGACCGGCUACUACACUAGCCGGCCGGCCCUCAAACGUUAUGAGCGCCUCAGCUACAACUUCCUGCAGGUAUGCAACCAGCUUGAAGCGCAGGUGGGACCUAAAGCCAACAGCAGACGCUAUGGCUUUGGAAGCAGUAAACGACUCAGAGAGGCGAUGGCUGUGCUGCAGCACCAUGACGCCGUUAGCGGCACCUCCCGGCAGUUUGUGGCUGAUGAUUACGCGCGCCAGCUCGCUGAGGGCUGGGGAAAAUGUGAGGUGCUCCUGAGCAGCGCCCUGGCGCAACUCAUCGGCUCUGAAGAGCAGUUCACGUUCUGCCACAAACUCAACUACAGCAUCUGUCUGCUCAGUCAGACAACCUCGCGCUUCCACAUCAUCGUCUACAACCCCCUGGGGCGCCGGGUGAAUUUGAUGUUGAGGCUACCAGUCAGCACAAGCAAUUUCCUUGUGCUGCACCCUAACGGACAGACCGUGCCCAGCGAACAUACCCGGGCUAUAUUCGACACCCACUCGGGGCUCUUAAAGGAGAUUGAGAACCGGGACCAGAAGCUUGUGUUGCCCGUCUACCAAGCCUUCUUCUGGUACAAUGCCAACUCACUAUCGGGAGCCUAUGUCUUUACACCUGACAAUUUGAAGCCACUGCCCGUGAAUCUCUCACCUGAGAUACACCUGGUGAAGACAGCCUUGGUGCAAGAGGUGCACCAGAAAUUUUCAGACUGGUGUUCCCAAGUAGUUCGCCUGUACCCAGGACAGAGGCAAUUGGAGCUGGAGUGGACAGUGGGUCCAAUACCUUUAGAGGAUGGCUUUGGAAAGGAAAUCAUUAGUCGCUUUGACACGAUGCUUAAGACAAGGGGACGCUUCUACACAGACAGCAAUGGCCGGGAGAUCUUGGAGAGGAGGAGAAAUUACCGACCUACCUGGAAGCUGAUGCAGACGGGGCCAGUGGCAGGAAACUACUACCCAGUCAACAGUCGCAUUUACAUCAUGGAUGGAAACGUGCAGCUGACGGUGCUGACUGACCGCUCCCAGGGGGGCAGUAGCAUGAAGGAUGGUUCCUUAGAGCUCAUGGUGCACCGGAUGUUGUGCUCAGAUGAUGGCAAGGGUGUAAAUGAACCCCUGUUGGAGCUGGACCGGGAAAACAGGCAGGGUCUAAUAGUACGAGGCCGACACCUUGUGCUACUGGACAGGAUCCAGAGUGCUGCUGUUGAGCACCGGCUGCUGGCAGAAAAGGUGGUCCUGGCCCCACAGGUGGUGCUGACCCCUGACAGUGGCCGCCUCUGGAGCCACAGAGGAAUCAGAAAGCAGUUCUCUGGGCUGCUACGGGAGCUGCCCCGCGCUGUGCGCCUGCUCACACUGGCCCACUGGGGUGGCAACACGCUGCUUCUGCGUUUGGAACACCAGUUCGCCGUAGGGGAGGACACGGAUGGCAAUCUGAGUUCCCCAGUGACCCUGGACUUGACGAACCUGUUCUCCACCUUCACUAUCAUCAGCCUGCAGGAAACCACGCUGGCAGCCAACCAGCUUCGGGACCGAGCCUCCAGGCUCCAGUGGACAACAGAAGACGACCCUCCUGCCUCUCAAGCCCCCCACCAGUCCCUGGAUUUUGCUGCCAUCACACUGCAGCCAAUGGAGAUCCGCACUUUUCUGGCCUCUGUCCAAUGGAAGCAUUCUCAGGGAGGCGGGGAUACCCCCCGGAGAGCCAGAGCACCCUCCACCAUGGGCUUGGUGAACCUCGGCCUCACCAUCCUCCUACUGCUGUUGCAAACCAUAGUAAUUAAACUGCCACCCACCAGCCCCAGGUAG